GUGAGGAGCAGCAGAAGUUGAACACAGAGAUCCCGAAGCCGAGCUCAGUCAGAGGGGCAGACAGCGAGAGGGCGCAUCCAGGGCGGCCCUUUGCUGGACUGGGGGGGCUUCUUAUCAUAAAUACACAUGUGGAAACUGUUUAGCCGCAUCAUAGGUCAUGUGUAGAUAACAGAUAUUUUAGAAAAGCAUACAAACGCGGCUCUGCUAUUACCAAAAUGCCUAUUUUACUUUUCCUGUUAGACACGUCCGCCUCUAUGAAUCAGCGCACUUAUUUGGGCACGACGUAUCUGGACAUUGCUAAAGGCGCGGUUGAGGUCUUUAUGAAGCUGCGUGCCCGAGACCCGGCUAGUAGAGGCGACAGGUACAUGCUAGUUACAUUCGAUGAUCCCCCGUACGGAGUGAAGGCGGGUUGGAAGGAGAACCACGCGACGUUCAUGUGUGAGCUGAAGAACCUGCAGGCAUCUGGGCUCACGACUCUGGGACAUGCCCUCCGCACAGCCUUUGACCUCCUCAACCUCAACCGCCUCGUGUCCGGCAUCGACAACUAUGGACAGGGCCGUAACCCGUUCUUCCUGGAGCCGUCCAUCAUCAUCACCAUCACUGAUGGCAACAAGCUCACCCAUAGCUCCGGGGUCCCAGAUGAGUUGCACCUGCCCCUGCACUCCCCCCUGGCAGGCAGUGAGUUGACCAAAGAACCUUUCCGAUGGGACCAGCGCCUGUUUGCUCUGGUGCUGCGGUUGCCGGGGGCAGCAGCUCCGGACUCGGAGCAGCUUGGGAGUGUGCCCAAUGACGACUCCGCCAUCACGCAGAUGUGUGAAGUCACUGGAGGGCGCUCGUACUCUGUGCUCACUCAGAGGAUGUUGAACCAGUGUCUGGAGUCUCUGGUGCAAAAGGUUCAGAGCGGAGUUGUCAUCAACUUUGAGAAAACUGGACCUGACCCACCACCACUUGGAGAAGAAAACUCUGUGGACAGUCGGCCGGUGUCGUCCUUUGCCCCUCAGCCUUGGCACAGCUGUCACAAACUCAUCUACGUCCGACCAAACCCAAAGACAGGGGUCCCAGUCGGACACUGGCCCAUCCCAGAGUCCUUUUGGCCUGACCAGAACUCCCCCACUCUGCCCCCUCGCACUGCUCAUCCCGUAGUCCGGUUCUCGUGUGUGGACUGUGAGCCAAUGGUGAUCGACAAACUGCCCUUUGACAAGUACGAAUUGGAGCCGUCUCCUCUGACCCAGUAUGUCCUGGAGAGGAAGUCCCCGCACAUGUGCUGGCAGGUUUUCGUGGGCAGCAGUAGUAAACAGAGUGACCUGGGACAUCCAUUUGGUUACCUCAAAGCCAGCACCACUCUCACCUGUGUUAACCUGUUUGUCAUGCCUUACAACUACCCUGUUCUCCUCCCACUGCUGGAUGACCUCUUCAAAGUGCACAAAUUAAAGCCAAACCUAAAAUGGCGUCAGGCCUUUGAGAUGUAUCUGAAGACCAUGCCUCCGUACUAUCUCCUGCCAUUGAAAAAGGCCAUGCGGAUGAUGGGAGCUCCGAACCUCAUUGCUGAUAACUUGGACUGUGGCCUGAGCUAUAGUGUCAUCUCUUAUCUGAAGAAACUCAGCCAACAGGCCAAGAUGGAGUCGGACCGUCUGAUUGUGUCUGUGGGGAAGAAGGCUCCUCAGGAAACAAGGAUAAAAGUGAAGAACCACUCCAGCGCUCUGUCUCUGGCUCAUCGACGCGACUUUAAACAGCUACUGCAGGGCAUCACGGGAGAGGGCCCCCUACGGGUCAACGACAUCAACUUCAAGGAGUUUGCAGGCUUUCAGAUUGGACUGUUGAACAAGGAUGUAAAGCCACAAGCAUACAGAAAUGCUUAUGACAUCCCAAGGAGAAAUCUGUUGGACCAACUCACCCGAAUGAGAUCAAAUCUGCUGCGGACCUCACAGAAACUAAUCAGGGGCCAAGACGAAGACUACCUGCACACUAUUCCAGUGGCUCAGAUGGGGAACUAUCAGGAAUAUUUGAAAAUGAUGCCAUCUCCACUUAGAGAGAUCGACCCUGACCAACCCAAACGACUGCAUACCUUUGGGAACCCCUUUAAACAGGACAAGAAGGGCAUGAUGAUUGACGAGGCAGAUGAGUUUGUGGCAGGUCCUCAGAAUAAAAAGCGCGUGAACUCCGGAGACUCGAUGUCAUCCUCUGUGAAAAGGAGGCGGAGCAUGUCGCCGUUACUACGGAGACCACUCAGUCCAAUAGGGAACACAAACCACAUCAAGAGCCCGGCACAGAACCACAACAAACCAGCUCCACCACACAAAGACAAUGGCAACAGCGUCCCAGAGAGCAACGGUGAGGUGGGCCCUGAGUGUGGAGAGGUCUGGUCCAAUGAUAUAGAGUCAAAUGUGGGAGAUAAGAUCUCACCAAGUCCAGAAACCAAACCAGGACAAGGGACUACUGUAGACCAAGAUGACCCAGAAGUGCCCAUGGCAGAGGAGAGGGCAGAGGAAGAGGAGAGCGUGGAAGAGCAGAUGAAGGAGGAGAAAUAUAACUGUGACAGACUGAGUCCACAAAGUAACACGGAGAGCUCAGAGACAGAACCAGAGACACUGCAGACGGUCUAUAUCCCUCCUCUGGAUGGGACCCAGGCCGAACUCAGAAGCAGGGUCAUCAAGGAAGUACGAAAACCAGGGAGAAAUUAUGAGGCAAUAAUGCGGUUACUGCACGAGGUCAAAGGUCCUGUGAACGUCCAGAAAUAUUUCCUCCUUCACGCCAUAAAAGAGGCUGCUAGGUUUAAGAAGCGUGUCCUGAUUCAGCAGUUGGAGCAGGUUUUAUCUGAGUUUGAGGCUCCACUGUCAAACUCUGUCCCAUCGCCCCCUUUCCCAAAUGAAAAUAAUGGAAAAUUGUGACAUAAACCACGCCCUCUGGAAUAGUUAGGAACAGUAGUAUUUAGUUAAAAAUACGUCAUUGGCGGAGCGAAUGGGACAGGAGCGUUAAAUGGACAAUUGCGCUGACCCAACUGCUUCUCUGCUCGGUUGCAUUACGUGGAAUGUCCAGGGUUUAUACAAGAGAGACUUUAAAUAUUGAGGGUUGGGAACCUAAAAGAGGCAAGUGACAUUAAGGUAAAUUGAUGUGCUAAUAAUAAUAACCCUCCCUUAAAAAUGUAGUCAUAACAGUUUUAAGGUAAAAACACUGCCAAAAAUAAAGUCGCCACCUGGAUUUAAGAAAAUAGGUUGGGGUUGCCGCAGUUGGUCAGGUCUAGGUUCAGCAACAGUCUGUGCUCAAAGAAUGAGGUCAGCAGACACCUGAAUAUACUGAAUGACCAUGUUAUUCCAAUGGAUUUUUUCUUCCCUGAGAGGACGUGCAUAUUCCAAGAUGACAAUGCCAGGAUUUAUCGGGCUCAAAUUGUGAAAGAGUGGUUUAGGGAGCAUGAGACAUCAUUUUCACACAUGGAUUGUCCACCACAGACUCCAGACCUUAACCCUGUUGAGAAUCUUUGGGAUGUGCUAGAGAAAGCUUUGCGCAGUGGUCAGACUCUACCAUCAUCAAUGCAAAUUAUUGGUGACAAAUUAAUGCAACAUUGGAUGGAAAUAAAUCUUGUGGCAUUGCAGAAGCUUAUCGAAACAAUGCCACAGCAAAUGUGUACUGUAAUCAAAGCUAAAGUUGGUCCAACAAAAUAUUAGUAUGUGACCUUGUUUUUGGUGGCGACCUUUUUUUGGCCAGACAGUGUACUUUAAGCUAUGUAAGAAAUUGAAUGAAACUUGUCUCUAUGGAGAUAUUAUAGCUUUACAGUAUGGCAUUAAACUUAACUAAGCCACAACCAGGCCAAGAUACAGGUCAGAUCUGCAGAUAGGUGGCCCUAGGAUUUUUAAGCAAUAAAAAAUAUCUGCUAUUGAAUAUAUUGAUAUGUUUAAGGUAAUUUUGUAGAACAUUCCAAAGCAAUAUUAUCUCCAUGGAGACUAGGAAGUAAUCAAUACCCCACUAGAAAAAUUACAUGCCUGUUCCUAGGUCUAAGUCUAGGGUCUGUCUUUGACCAACAACAAAACUCAAAUAUAUUUAUUGCUUGCUGUCAUUUGAUAAUAUUAUUUACUGGUUUAUCUUAUAUUACCUAAAAUGUCACUUGCGCUCUUUAGAUUCCCAGAACUCUUCAUAUCAACCAUAAACUGUAUCAACACGCCUUAAAACAUCUGGCUUUAUCAGAAUUUAAAUCUGAAAUGAAGACACACUCCAGUUUGGUUCAAAAGGACAACAGUUCUCCAGUUAAAAGAGUGAAGAAUAUUUAAAACAGAAAACAGCAUUCUGUAUUUAUUUUAAAACGGGCCAUUCUUCAGCCGGUCUGAGAAAAGUUAGUGGUCCAACUCAUUCACAAAUAAAGAAAUAAUAUUUUUAAAUGUCAAUAGGGAUACACUGAUGUAUCAUCCUUGCAAAAUUUGAUUUUUAAUCGAAUAAUAGCAUAGAUAAAGAAUAACAGUUUAGUUGCAAAGCACAUUUAAUUGGAUACUCUAAAAUUAUACUCAUUAUUUUUCCCUUUGUUUUUUGCAUCACCACAACUAAUCUAUGCCAGAUGCCCUCCAAUUUGUAACUGGCCACAUAUACAAGUCCAUCCAUCCAUUUUCUUCUGCUUAUCUAGGGCAGCAGUCUAAACAGGGACUCUCAAACUUGUCUCACCCUGGGCACUUUUUAAGUACAAUACUUUCAGAUGUUAAUCCUUCAAUCAGGUGCUUCUGUCUUGGAUUCUGGUUGCUGCUGCACUGCUUCUGACAGGUUUAAGCCCAUUUCUGCUGAGGAAUAGGUUACAUGCACAGAGCUUAUUUUUCAAUGGGAUCAAUAAGCUUUAAAUCAGUUUAGACAUUACAGCACUUACUGUAUCUACAUAGGCAUCAGUGGAUCUCUAUUGUUAAUCGAAAUUGUCUAUGGACCAGUGUUAUAGUAUAUGAAACUCCCCCAAACACUCCAGUAAUAAUCUUCAGUUUAGAGUCCAAUCUACUGUUUAUUCUCUGCUACAUUUCUCAUAAACCCAGGCAUUUUUACAACUGAUGUACACAACUUUUUCAUGUUCAAAUGGAGAAAUAGAUCAUAUUUUUGUCAAUCCAGAGACUAAGGAAUAUUUUGAGAGUAAAAUAUUAAUGAUACUUUUGUAAAAUGUUACAUGUGUAAAAGUUGGAAGUUUUAUGAGAAUAUGUUUUGUAAUAAAACUGAAAAAAGA